AUGUCUAAACGCACAAAGAAGGUUGGAAUUACCGGCAAGUAUGGCACCCGUUACGGUGCUUCACUCCGUAAGCAAGUCAAGAAGAUGGAAAUCACACAGCACGCCAAGUACACUUGCACUUUCUGCGGAAAGGAUGCUGUCAAGCGCGAGUCUGUUGGUAUCUGGAAGUGCAAGGGCUGCAGAAAGGUUCUUGCCGGUGGUGCAUGGACUGUUGGCACCACUGCCGCAGCCACUGUUCGCUCCACCAUCCGUCGUCUUCGUGAAAUCACCGAGGCAUAAACGACUGGUCUUGUGAACUAAACAUUGUGUUGUGAUUUUCGGCGACUACUAAAUAGAAAAUCUACUUCCAAAUAACAAAACCUUUAUGCUUUGAUGGCUACUUUAGA